UAGCAGUGGCGGUUGGAGCCGAAAACUGGGAGGGUGAACUGUCUGAGAAAUGAAUCAUACUCACCGUGAACUGUGGGUUUGCCUUUUAGAAAUAGGUGACAGGACUGUUUGCUAAUGAAAGGAGAAUCCCGGCUAACAGUCAGCUAGUUUUCGGUGUCUUGUCCAGCUGCGACAAAGCAAAGCAAAUAGCGAGGAUGUCGGUCCCCGCUGGGAGAUAAUGAAGAGGCUGCGCGUUUUGUUGGUGUGCCUCAUUGUAGCUCUCCUGUGCUGGUACCCCAGUCAAGAUGUAUAUUGUUCAGAGCAGAGCUCGUCCGGCUCAGGUCACUCUGCCCAGGAGGGAGACCCCGACAGCCGCGAGCAGGAGCAGGACUCCACACAAAACAAGGUGGUGGAAGAAAGGUCGGCACACACCUCGUAUGACGUGGGGUUGGAGGCGGAGAGAACAGCACUGGAGAAGCUUGCAAGUGUUCAACAUGAACAGACUGUGAAUCAUUUGGAAGCAGAGACAGAACAGACCAAGGAAAGCCCAGAAUUAGAUAUUAUACCAGUUCUACAUGAGCCAGAACUUCCCGCAGAGCCUCAGGCUCACUUUGACCCGCAGACCGACACACCAGACCAUAACCAUGGCACAGAAGCUUCUGUCCUCACCACCUCAGAACCGUUAGAAGCGGCCCCUGCUUCGACAGAGGCUGUAGCCCAAGCAGAGUCCUGCAGCGAGGAUCCCCCUGCUCAGCCCCGCUUGGACUCAGAGUCUUCGAUUUCUCCAGAUGAAGCUGAAAACGUUGCUACCUCAGAGAGUGCUGGACUCGCCCACACAAGUGCAGUGUGGGUUGCCAGUGCAGGAGAUGAACUCCCAGUAGACAGCUUUGUGUUUGCUGAGCACUCUGAUUCACAGUGCAGGGUCAUUCCCCCCGAACUGGCAACCUGUGAAAACUCCCCCUUUGGCAGCCCUCUCCUCAGCGUGGAUGAGGCUGGUACAGACGACCAGUUAAGUCAAAGCCAGAGCUCUGAUCUUGAAGCUAAAUCCAAGCAGACCAGUCCAGGAAUUGCAGUUCCUGAAGCAGCAGAACCUGGAAGCCUGAAAGAACCGCAGCUGCUGGAAGAUGUUCUGUCCAGUUUGGAGCAGGAGGGCAACACUUCCCACCUGAUGGCAGAUUCUAGCGUUGCUAAAGAAGCUGAUCCCUCUGUACCCAGUAAAGAUGACAUCCCCACCUUUGAUGAGUGGAAGAAACAGGUCAUGGAAGUGGAAAAGGAAAAGAGUCAGACUCUCCAUACUUCGACCAGCGGCGGCCCGCAUUCAGCCAAGAAGGUCCAGAAAAACUUUAAGAAUAACUACGCCUCUGUGGAGUGUGGUGCAAAGAUCCUGUCUGCCAACAAUGAGGCCAAGAGUACUUCAGCUAUUCUAAUGGAAAACAUGGACCUUUAUAUGCUAAAUCCAUGCAGCACAAAGAUCUGGUUCGUGAUCGAGCUCUGUGAGCCGAUUCAAGUCAAACAGCUGGACAUAGCCAACUUUGAGCUUUUCUCUUCAACACCUAAAGACUUUUUAGUUUCCAUCAGUGACAGAUAUCCCACCAACAAGUGGGUGAAGCUGGGAACCUUCCAUGCACGGGACGAACGAAUAGUCCAGAGUUUCCCACUGGAUGAACAGCUUUAUGCUAAAUAUGUGAAGAUGUUCAUCAAAUACAUAAAGGUUGAACUUCUCUCUCACUUUGGAGCCGAACAUUUCUGCCCCCUGAGUCUCAUCAGGGUGUUUGGCACCAGCAUGGUGGAGGAGUACGAGGAGAUCGCAGAUUCCCAGUAUCCCUCAGAGAGGUUGGAGUAUUUGGACGAAGAUUACGACUACCCUCCUGGGUACCAGCCAUCAGAGGAGAAGGCCUCUAAAAACCUGCUUGGUUCAGCAACCAAUGCGAUUAUUAACAUGGUGAACAACAUUGCUGCUAACGUGCUUGGUGGCAAGCCAGGACUGGAGGGUGCAGCAGAACUCGGAGGUAAUGCAACAGAGGAGGGGAGUGGAAAGGAGGAGGGCAGAGACGUGAAAGUUGACUUGGCUGAAGCCUCUCAGGACUCUGCAGGACUAAACCCUCCGAAGGCUGAUGAACCUGCAGCAGAAGAGGCUUCUAACGCUUCCAGUGACUCGAGCUCCUCCUCCUCAUUAGCUGAAUCCAGCGAGGACAGACAGAUCGUCACACUUGUGGAGGAAGACGAGGAUGAAGAACCGAAACAGUCGACUGUCACGCUGUUAGAGGAGGAGGUAGAAGAAGAGGAGAAGAGUGAGCAGAAAACGAGGAGGGAUGCUGACAGGAACCAGUGGGAGAGUCAGGCGUACUGUCCUCUCUCCUCCUUGUCCUCCCUCUCUCUGUCCUGCAUGGCCACACUGCCUGAGCUGCUUCACCGCUGGUGCUGCGCCAGGCUGGCCAAGGAGCGCCUGCGCAGCCUCAGGAGGAGGCAGCUUCACGCUCGGAGACAGAUUGAGGAGAGCCCCCCUGCCCCCACAGCCACAGCUCCACGCACCCCUGACCCGACGCCUCCUCAGGAAGUCCUGCCUCUGACAGAGAAAGCUCCAGAAGCAGAGGUGCUGGGUAGAGUCCAUGAGGGAAAACCCUCAGCUGAGGAACAGACUGAUUUCCAAAUCAACGCUCAGCCGCCUGAUGCUCACACACCAGAGCUCAGCAUCCUACUAGAGCCGAGUAGAACCGCCUCCAUCCCUCCCUACAGUUCAUCAGCCCCUCACAGCAGCCUGACGCAGCCCACCCCCACACACCAGGAGAAGCUCUUACCUUCUGCAAAGGAUGAAGCUCUGGAUCCUGUCUCCACUCCUAUCCUCCAGACGGCCUCUAUCCCAGAGACGCAUCAGGCCAUCAGUGCCACACUGACGCUGUCAGUCAGUCCUGAACAGGUUCUGUCUCCUGAGACGGCCUCCUCCAUCCUCUCAGUGACCCCCGUUAAAGAGCAGCCUGCUGCUUCUCUUCCUACUGCAUCGAGGCCUGAGAACCUUUCCCCGCCUCCCACUGAGCUGCCAGCUGCCCCUCCCUCUGACAGCCACACAGACACGGCUGUAGAUCCUGGUGGGAGCAAACAAAAGCAGAACCCUGAUGCUCCUCAACUCCAGGGAGAGCUGGGAAGUAAUCUCCCCCAGGCGGGAGAACCUCAGCGGACUGAGGACUCCGUGGAAGAUGAACUAUUAAACACUAACGUCAACAUCCAGCGCACGGCGACGGACUUCUACGCAGAGCUGCAGAACGGAGGAGACUACGGCGGGGCGACCCUGAACGGUAACGGGGUGCUGCAGAACGGAGGCGCCGUUCACGGCUCCAGUCAGAAGGAGAGCGUGUUCAUGAGGCUGAACAACAGGAUCAAAGCUCUGGAGAUGAACAUGAGUUUGUCCAGCAGAUACCUGGAGGAGCUGAGCCAGAGGUACCGUAAACAGAUGGAAGAGAUGCAGAAAGCCUUCAACAAGACCGUCAUAAAGCUGCAGAAUACCUCGCGCAUUGCUCAGGAGCAGGACCAAAGGCAGACGGAUUCCAUCCAGCUUCUGCAGAGCCAGCUGGAGGAUGUUACCAAACUGAUGCUCAACCUAACAGCCACAGUGGGCCAGCUGCAACGAGAGGUGUCUGACCGUCAGAGCUACCUGGUGCUCUCUCUGGCUCUCUGCCUGUUGCUGGGGGUCCUGCUCUGUCUGCAGUGCUGCCGCAGCUCGUCCCACAGCCCUAAAGCCAGCCACGCCCCCCUUCCCAAGAGCAACCACUACCCCAGCCCCAAGAGGUGUUUCUCCUCCUAUGACGACAUGAGCCUAAAACGUAGGGUGACCUCCCAGCUGGUUCGCUCCAAGUCAUUUCAGCUUCCCUCCACAGAAGUAGGUCCAGAUGACUUGUUCAUUGUAGAACCUCUAAGGUUUUCUCCAGAGAAAAAGAAAAAACGUGGCAAAACAAAAUCUCUGGACAAAGUUGAGAUCCUGAAGCCGCUUGUUGCCGCCCCGCCUCUCACCAACGGGGAUCUGAAAUGCAACGGUUUCCACCCGGGCCUCCCUGUGAUGCCUCCCCCACCCCCUCCUCCUCCUCCUCCUCCCCCUCCUCCCCCUCUCCCUCCCCUUCCAUCCACAGACCAGGUGGCAUCUCUGCCCGGUUCCUCUUCGUUCCUCCCCUCUGAAAGCAGCAGCUGCAGCUCCUCCACUCACUCUGAGGAAUCGUACACUAGCCGCCUUUCUCCUCCUUCUCCCGUCUGCUCCUCCGCCGGCAUGUGCAACGGCCACGGCCUCUCCUUCCCCCUCACCCAACUUCCCGCAAAGUCCCGUCAGGAGAAGCGCUCCAUGAAGCGACGAAAGUCUCGACAGACGGAGCUGCAGUUCCCUUCUGUGCCAGGGGGAGGCAUCGACGCGUUGCCCAGCCUGCAUCAGCUCAUGAAGGGAAACAAGGAAAUGAGUGUGGGGACCAUCAGGGUGACUGCCGUCACUGGACAUGUCUGACACGUCACAUUUACACACCACGCCGUUCGCUCUGAGAAUGACUGUAUCCCAAAGAGCCACGUUUCCCACGAUUGAAGCGAGUUUAGCAGCGUUAGCUCAGUCAGACCGUAUCCUUUCCCGUCAAAGACCCGUUUACGGUUACGUGCCUUUAUGUGUUUAAAAACCUUUUUAAUAGUUGAAAAUGUCAAAGUUUAGAGAGCUGCUGGUGGGGAGUCUGACGUCGGCACACAUUCAGUACAACAAGACUUUGUUUUUCUGAAAAAAGCACAUCUUCUCCGAACAGCGGAGCGAUUCUAACAGAGUUCCUGACCUCAACUCUGCGCUCCUUCCAUAAGUAUUAGGCUGCUGGUGUGGGAUAGAAAGUCGCUGGGAAGAAACCGUGGAGCACACGACUUGAUCUCAUCCUGUUUCCCAUCUUCGUUUAUUCUCACCUCUCUUGUUUGACUGCAGGUGUUUGAACGGGACCAUUGUUUGAAAGCUUACUGUGAACCUGUCUGAUGCUCUUGCUGCGUCUUUUACUGUUCGACCCCCCCCUUCCCCACAUGCACACACACACAGGAGCCGAAUGAAGAUGAUAUCCUACAUUUAUCUAUUCUAGCUUUCAUCUGCCCUUGGAUUAUAGCUACAGAAGCAGCAGUCUGCACAUCCUGCAAGCUUGUACCGAAUCAUUCCCCCGGUAGAUGGGCUGGGCCCAGAACCAUCACACAGCAUGUAGAAAGCUCCCAGUGGAUCCCAUAUAUCUACUAUGAGGCGGUCUGGGCUCUGCUGAAAUGUUUUUAGCCAGUCUGAGCCAUGCAGGGUUCACGUCCCUGACCUCAACGGAAGUGAGUUAAAUGUUUACGCAUGUUUCACUCGCACGACUACCUGGACCCUGCAGAGGAAUCUAAACGGCCGGUUUUAUUUAUCUAUCUAUUUAUUUAUUUAAAAGUCUAUAGAUGUUUUCCAAUUUAGGCACUGGGUGCCAGUUUCCUAGCUCUGCAGGGUCAAAGGGGUUUGUGUGAGUGUUUUUACUUAGAAAGAAAUGGUAAAUAUUCCCUUUUCUUUGCUUUAUUUGCUGCAUUUUCGCUUGUAAAAAGCUUUCAGUCAUCUUGUGUUUUGGUACUAGUUAUCAUAGAUCCUGCUGAGUUGGUUUGGAUUGACAGACUGCUGCUUCUGUUAUCAGAGCUGCUGUUAGAGGAAAUUCCUCAGCUAAAGCUGAAUUACUGUCCGUUUAUCAGCUGAGAUGAUUUGGCUCUGUUUAAAUCCUGCUGCAUGCAGGGUAGCCUGCAGAGAUCAGGGUAUUUGCUUUUAACAGGGGAAAUGUCGGGGGCUUCUGAUUGGCUCCAUGUGGUCGGGGUGGUGUUGCUGCUUAAGCGGGAUCGGCUCCACAUGAUUUCCUUUCAAAGUCACCUCUGGCCCUCGCUGCAUGUUUCUAUCGGUCACCGUGGAGAAAAACCCGCCUGCUUGCAUUGAUAGUUAUGUGCUUGGUUACUAAGAUGCUGUGGUUACACUCCGUUUGUCUUCUGUUCACUCGUGUGCCCCACCUUCACAGCCUGGGGUUUUUGUAAGGAGUAAAAUGAACUGCUAUUUAAUUAAAGGGAAUGCGAGAAAGAUUAAUCCGAUUUUUAACACUAUUAAUGUGAUUAAGGAUGUUUUGCAAGCUGAGCAAAUCAUUUUCCCCACUUUUUUUUUUGUUUUUAACGUGUAUGAUGUGUGUUCACCUGUAUGUUUGGGGGAUUAUGUUGUUUUAUGGGUGUUUGUCAUGAAAAAGACUACUUAGAACCUGCUUCAGUCCACAACACAGAAGAAGAGGAGGAAGCACUUGCAGAGAUUUCUAGAGACGCACGUGCACUUUGUAUGACUCCUCAUGCCUUUUUUGUUGUUUGUUUUUUCCGUUUCACAUAAAGUGCUUUUUUUUUUCCAGUCCCCUCCCUCUUUCCUUCUCUUUCUCUCUGUGAGUACUCCAAAAAGCUGCACAGUAUUUUUGAGCAGGAGUGAGUUACUACAGCAAACUGUAGUGCCAUUAGAAACUGUGAAUUCUUUCUUAAUAAAAUCUUUUUUUUGUUGUUGUCUUUGAGUUAGUGGU